AUGUAUCCCACCAUGCUACCAACGCCGCCACCCUCUCCGAUCCCCCGCUGCUGCGCUCCCGAGGACCGUCUCGGACUCGUCUUGGCCAACCGGCUGGAACUCACCCGAGUCUUGGGCGUCGGAGCCUAUGGGGUCGUGUACACCGCCGUGGACAUUCACACCAACCAGGUUUACGCCGUCAAGGCCCUCAGCAAGAAUAACCUGGAUCCCCGUCAGCUCAAGUUCCAGCAGCGUGAGAUCCGUCUCCACCACUUGGCCAGCCAGCACCCCAACGUGGUCUCGUUAGUCCGAAUUAUGGAAUCCAUGGACUGCACCUUUGUUGUCAUGGAAUAUUGCCCGGAAGGAGACCUGUUCUCUAAUAUCACCGACAAGGGUAACUUUGUUGGCAAUGACCUUCUGGCCAAGAGCGUCUUCCUUCAGCUCUUGGACGCUGUACAAUACUGCCACUCUCUGGGAAUUUACCACCGCGACCUGAAGCCGGAGAAUGUUCUGGUCACCGACCAGGGUAUGACCGUCAAGUUGGCCGACUUUGGCCUUGCAACCACAGAUUACUUUACUUCCGAUUUUGGAUGCGGUUCGACUUUCUACAUGUCACCUGAAUGUCAACAAUCCAACGCUCGCCCCAUGUCCUGCUACAUGUCCGCCGCCAACGACGUCUGGAGUCUGGGCGUGAUCUUAGUGAACCUCACCUGUGGUCGCAACCCAUGGAAGCGAGCAUCAGUCGAGGACUCCACAUUCCAGGCCUACAUCAAGGACCCCUUCUUCCUGAAGACUAUUCUCCCUCUCUCCUCCGAGAUGGUUUGUAUCCUGAGCCGCGUCUUCGAACGCGACCCAAGUAAGCGCAUCUCCAUCCCAGAGUUGCGCCAGGCCAUUCUGGAGUGUCCCCGCUUCACGGAAAAUCCCAUCGUCCAGCCCCAAACCCAAACCCAAACCCCCUGGGUGCCGGAUCACAUCGACUACAUUCCCCAGCCUCAACUUCACACCUUCCUAGGCCCCAUGGAACCCCUACAUGCCCAGACCUCUGGUUCCUCCUCGGACUCCUCCCAUUACUCAGCCUUCUCCCAGGCUCCCUCAAAUGGCACUGCCCUCACCGAGGACUAUGCAGAUCUCAAUACCCUCUCGCCUGUAGUCUCGGAACAAUUCCAGGAUUGCAAGCAGAUGCUCCCUUCCGCCUGUGCAGAGUCCUUCUACCCAGCGGAUCCCUAUUACUACGGGAUGAUGCCUUUCCCACAGCCUCUCCAGGUCCCUAUCUAA